AUGGAACUAUAUUUCUAAUCUGGUAUAGAUACUCCAAGCAUACUUGACUGGCAAAUUUAAGAAUAUAAGAAUAAAAAACUUAAGAUUCAGUUUCAUUUCAACAAUACCAAGUACAUCUCUUAAUAUACUUAUAUUGAUGGAAUAACUAUCGACUAAGAAUUGCCUCCUCAAAAUUUAAAUUCAAGCGGACUUCAGAUACUUGAAUCUUCACUUAUAGCUGCUAAGACAAUUAUUACAGUAACAGUAGUGUCAAACUUUGCUUUAUCAAUAAUACUCAGUAUAUCAAUGAGAUAGCUUUGGAAACUAGUUAAUACACUUCAAUUAAUAACCUACAUACCGAUGCUUUCAGUGGCAUUACCUUAAAAUGCUAUGAUUUGCUUUAACUCUCUAAUUUAGAUAUCAAAUCUUGAUCUCAUUCCUAAAGAAACGCUUUCAAAAAUGUUUAAACUUACACCUUAUUAAGACACUGAUAAUGGUGCAAGAGUUAAUGACAAUUUAGAUGAUCAACUUUUUAUCUCUUUUUUCCAACUAGCAUGCACUGCAUUUAUUGUUACAACUCCCUUUUUGCUUCUGUAAUUCUUAAGGAACAAUGCAAAGAAGCUUAAUAGAUCUGUGACAAUUAGCCAAUAUGGUGCACUAUAUUUAGGCUUGAAUCCUGAAAAAUACAUGAUAGUUUAUUGGAUUUUUAUUUACUUAAUGAGGAGAUUAAUGUUUGCUGUAUCUAUUGUAUUUAUGAAAAAUUCUUCAACUACCUAACUAGCUCAAAUUUUGAAGAAGUUUCUAGAAGAUCGGAAAAAGAAGAACAGCGAACUCAUAAAAUAUAGUCAAAUAGUUGAUAAAAUUUUCAAUGAAGAAAUAAGAUAAAAAAUGUACUCAACAGAUAACAGUAUGAUGACGAGUACUAUGACAAAUACUGAAAUAUUGAAUGACAUCUAAAUUGAGGAUAUAACUAAUUAGAAAGCAUAUAUACAGUAUCGAACAAAAGUUGAGAAAAGAAAGAAGCCUAGAAAUAAAAAAUAGUUGGGCUCUGUUUAAUUAAAAAAUAAGUACUUGAGCGAGAAUGAUGAAUUUGACUAUGAACAAGAGUAGUAUAUUGACACCUUUUACAAUAUUUACUAGAAGUAAAAAGAUUAUUAAAGCAAUAAUCAACUGUUCAAAAAUGAUGAGCCUAAAACUUAAGCAUAGUUAAUAGAAGAAUUUAGAAAAUGCUUUGAGAAGUUUUUAGAGAAAAAAACUCAUUAGAAAAGGUUAAAAAUACCGUGGAAUGGAAAUGUUACCAAGUUUUUAGAAUCAACGUUUAAAAUCAUUUACGAAAAUGAGCCAUUAGAAAAGACUGAUUAGAAUAGACAGAAUUUUGAGUAUUUCAUUAAAUGUGUUCGAAAAAUUUUCAUCAAAGAAACAUCGUUGGUCUACGAAACAAGAAGAAAGGAAAGCAAAAUGCUUUAUAACAGCUAACUUUAUAAAGUAGUAAUGAAUAGAAUACUAAGUCUAGUGAAAUUAUUCCUAAGUGAAGAAGAACUAAAUCAAGAAAAUAUGGAUAAAUACAGAACUUUAGUCAUCUAAACGUUAAAAUGCUCUCUUGUCUUGAGGUAGCUAAAUUACGUUUUGAGAAAUUGCCUCUGCCAAAUUAAUCAAGAUUCUCCACUUAUCCUAAAGCAAAUAAUUAGAACAGAGUAUAUGCUAGCCUUACCUGAAAACUAAAGUGAUAGCAAAUGGGAUCUUAGCAAAAAUGAGCUUCUCUCAAUUAAGAAUUAAUUGAUAAAUGAGGUUUAUAACAUUCCAAGAUUUUUUGAAAAAGCUAAUUUUGAUAUAAAUUCACUAAGCAUGAUUAAUGAAAUUAGUACCGCGAUAAUCUUAAAUUGUCGUAACAUUAUGAGAAAUGAUGGAAAAUUUGUCAAUUAAACGUACGUAAUCCUAAGUCUUUUAUCAAAGAACUUACUUAAAGGUUACCUUGAAUUUACUCAAAGGCUAAAAGAAUAAGAUAAAUCUGCUUAUUGGGGCUAGAAUGUUGAAAUAAUCAAUGAAGCGAAUAUAAGAAUUAGAUAAGCAGAUAUCAUCAAUAAAUAGAUAGGUAAUAUCAAAUAUGAAGAAUAUUUUACUGUUGGAGAAAGUGAAUACACUAAAAUUAAAAGAAGCAAGCAGCUUGAAAUGAUUCAUCUAUCUCAAAAAAUACAUGACUAAGUAUUGCAAAUUUUAGAGGUACUAGAUGAGAAUCUUUAAAAGAUAGAGGUUGAUGGAGAAAAUGAUUUAAAAGUAGAGAGAAUAUUAAAUGAACUACAUAGAGAUAAAGAAUUGGAUGAUGCCCUUAGUGAGACAAAUAGAAGUACAAUUUCCUAUUAUGAAAAAAAAUUUGAGAAGCAAAUCUUUUAGGUUUUCGAAAAUAACAUAGAGGAGAGAUUGAAUUUAGAUAGUUUAAAGCAAUCUUCAAGAAGACAAAGGCUAAAUGACCUUACUAGUUUUUCACUAAUAGAUAAAAGCAGUCUCUCUUUUUAAAUGGAGAGUGUAUAUAAUGAAAUCAUGGAGUUAGUAAAAGAUCCAAUACUUUUGCAGAAAUCAUUUAUUGAGAAAUGGGAGUUACCUAAAUAUCUUCAUAAUUAUUUGAUAGGAAGCUUAAGGAAAAUAAGAGCAUUUAACUUUGAAUCUAGUUUAUGUGAAAUAAUAGAUAAGUACAUUUCUUAUCUCAUAGAAGAUCUUUAUGAAUCAUCUAAAAAAAUGAUGAAGCUAAAAUAAGCUUUUGGGGUUUGCUUUGAUAGAUUAGAUGUGAAAGCUAAUAAGGACAGCAAUUUAAUUAAUAAUGAAGAGUUCAAAUAAAACUUUGAGAGCUUCAAACUGACAUUCAGAAAGCUUAACGACAAAGUAAAUGAAUAUAUAGUUGGCUAGGUCAAGGAUUUACUUCAAAGAAAAGAGGAAAAUGAUCAAAUCAAACUGUAAGUUAAAAGAUUCUUGAAUGAUUUAUCAGCGAGAAGAAGCCUUAAAAAAAUGAUUAGCAUUGUGAACGAUGAUAUGCUUUUCACCUCAUAUAAGAGAAUAGAUUAAUUUCAAGCAAUCAUAGAAUCUUAAUUUCAAACUUAUUUCAAAUUGAAUAAAGAAACUUUAAAAACAAGUUUAUAUGGAUUAACUGGAGCAGGAUUAUAAUUUAAAGGGUCAACUAUUAAAAUACUAGUAAGAAUGAGUAAUGUAGUUAAAACUAUUAAGCCUCUUUUUGAGUAGAUAAAGUAUUCGGAUGAAAAAUCGCCUUUUUAAUUAUCUUCUGAUACAAACAAUGUCUUUAGAGUUGUUCAUUCUGAUAAUGAAAGAUGCUUGUAUCUAAAGGUUUUUAAAAACGAAAUUGCUUAAAAAUACGACAACCUAGUAUUUAAGAUUAAAUUUGAACAUAUGAAUGUCAGAAAGGAAUUUAAACUUGCUAAUCUGAUUUAAAGAUAUUUAAAUUUUGAUAAAAACAGAGUGAGAAGAAUAGCUGCUCCAUUUAUUGCAUUAUUGAAAAUGAAUUAAUUAGUAGGAGAAAAAGAGGGCUAUCCCUCCUCCAUUACAUACUUGAUGAUGUUUAUCAAUUAUUGCUAGCAAUUGUAUAUUCUACCUAAUUUGACAAAAUAUGAAAAAGAAAAUGAUGAAAUAUUCCAGAAAUUUUAGACAACUGAAUAGUUAACUGAGAGAGAGAAAAAUUUUCUAAAUAAAAUUAUAGUUGAAAAAACUCUUUCCAAUCUUGAUGCAGGCUCAAAUGAUUUAUUAUCUUCUUCUAAAAACUUGGAGUCUAAAGUAAAAGUAUCUUAUUAUUUCAAUGAGAAUAAAGAUGGCCUGACAAAAUAGCUCCUUGAAUAUAAACAUCUGGUUGGAAUGGGAGUUAUGGAAAGUGAUAAAUUAUUCAUUUUAUUCCUAAAACAUCUUGCAGUUUCCCUUCCAAGCAGAAAUACAAAGUAUAAUAUUGCUUCUGGAGGAUUACAAAAAAAGAGACUUCAUAAAAACUAGUAUAUAAAUGUCAGGAAUCCAUUUAUUAAGAUGAUAAAUCAAGGAUCUAUUUUAAAGGAUCCAUUCAAGUUUAACAAGAUAAUAUAUAAAGUCAAGGAGUUUAUUAGAUUUAUUCACGAGGGAUAAUUUGAUCACUAUAUUCUCCAUAUUGCUACAUAGAUUAGAGAUGAAGGUAGCAACCCUGAUGAUUUCCUUGAGUCAGACACAGAGUGA